AUGACAUCAAGCCAUCCAGGUUACGGUUCAACUGCUAAUGGAGACGCGUAUGACGUUCUCAAACCACAACCUCUUGUUUUGCCGCCUGCACCAACCCUAGGCAAAUCUCUCGUGGUUAUACUCAAGUCUUCACGGAUCAAUUAUUUUUUGAUUUUCGUACCACUUGGAUGGAUGGCUCACACGUUAAAAUGGAAUGAUACAUGGGUUUUCAUAUUAAAUUUCUUGGCCAUAAUUCCGCUAUCCAAAUUAUAUGACUUUGCAACGGUAGACGUUAGUCUGAGGGUCGGCCAGUCAAUUGGUUGCUUGUUAAACGCUACAUUCGGCAAUGCGGUAGAAUUGAUUGUUUCCAUAAUAGCGCUGUCGAAAGGAGAAAUCCGAGGAACUUUUUAUAGUCAACAGAUCUUUAAUAAAACCACCGCGCAAACAACUUCGAGUUUGAUGACUUUGGCGUGCAUCGGUUUGGUCAUUCCCGCGGCUUUUAGUUUUUCAGUUGAUAGCAGUGCCAAUAGGAUAGAGGAUCAGAGAAAUAUCGAGGGACUUAUAGAAUUGUCUCAUGGAACCGCGAUUGUUUUGUUGUUGAUAUACAUUCUCUACCUUUAUUUUCAAUUGAAAACGCAUGCGAACUUGUAUCAUAUAGAGGAGGAGGAGGAAGAAGCUCAAUUAUCUCUUAGUGUACUAUUAUUUCUAUUUAUCAUUGUGACCGUUAUUGUGGCUUUUCUUGCCGAAUAUUUGGUUGGUUCGAUCGAGGGAAUUGUUAAAUCUUCCGGAUUAAGUAAAACUUUUAUCGGCAUAGUUUUACUACCAAUCAUUGGUAACGCUGCUGAGUUUACGACCGCCAUCAACGCUGCAACAAGAAAUAAGAUGGAUUUUGCUAUCAGAAUUGCCGCCGGCAGCUCCAUGCAAAUCGCACUCUUCAUCACACCAUUCCUCGUUUUGUUCGGAUGGACUAUAGGACAGGAAUUCACCUUAUACUUCCAGACGUUUGAAACCGUUGUGAUGUUUAUUUCGGUUCUGAUAACGAAUUAUCUCAUUCUGGACGGUAAAUCCAAUUGGCUGGAAGGUGUUAUGUUGCUAGCUACAUAUGCCAUCAUAUCAUUGUCCUUCUACUAUUAUCCCUACAGAUAA